UUUCCAAAGAUUACAGCGAGGCAGAUCAUUUAGGAACUUCAGAGAAUGGACCCAGACAGAUCCGUCUAAAAGAAUAUUCGCUCACCAGCUUUGGACAACAGAGGUGACCCCUUCAGGUUCAGAGAGCACGAGACAAGUUGGAGACACAUGGCUUAAAUGCUCACUGGGAGAAAUGACAGCGUCAUUUGAUAAAAGUGUAGCGCUGAUAUGGUAAAGUUUGGUUCAGUUAUGUAGAGAAGAGACUAUUUGUAUCUUGUCGUUGGUGCAGACAGUUUUGAAGUCGAGGCAUUUCUCUCUGUGAUCAUGAUGAAACCAAAUCCCCCUGGUAAUGAGGGGAAAGUUUUUGAUACGAUGGACGUUAAAGUGACACCUUCCUCCAACAUGACAAAGCCUGAUCCAACGCUACCUGUUUUCCUCCCUCUGUGCAAAAUGAGAUUAUUGUCACGGUGACACUCAGCCCCAGCUAACUGCACUGUGGCCUUGUUCGUGUUUUGGCCGUAUGACCUGUAAGGCAGACAGCUUUGCAGUUGUCUUUUAUCGAAGCUAGGCUAGCAGUUCCCCCUGCCUCCUGUCUUUGUGCUAAGCUACUGGACGCACAGAGAUAAAACUCUGGGCAGAUUUUCCCAAAAAUGUUUGUGAACUUUUCAGCGGGUAGAUUAACUUGGAAUAUUUUCCUACUGUGGUAUUGGUAGUUUUAUUUAAUUCAAACAUUUUAAUGUUUGUCGUUAGGUAGCGGGGGAUUUACAGUGUAUACAGUCUAAUAUAGAGUAUAACAGCAUAGAUUCCAUCAUUUGCAUAUGGGCCUAGAACAGAAUUCACCUUAUGACAAAUCAACGAUUCACCUUCUAGAACACUUUUGUUCUGAAGUCACAGUGUUGCUGAGAGAUCAGUUUCCCCUUAAAAAACAGUGCAGAAGAUUUCAGCUUAACUCCAAGUUAUAGAAGAGAUCAAAAACGCUACAGAAAUGUUUGGACUGCGUUGUUUGCGACGAAAGGUUAGUUUCACAGAUGCACGUGCCCCUAGAUUCAGUGCUUUUAAUGUGACCUUGCAAACUGAAUAAAACGGGUGUAGCUUUGAGUAAAUACUCUCCGUGAAAUUCUCUCUGCCACAUAGCACAUUAUUUUUCGGUGGAUAUUCAUCUUAUUUUUCUUUAUUCUGAACAGAAAAAACAAGCAACUCAAGGCAAUGCGGUGGCGGAUGAGAAGAACCAGCUCUCCGACUCUCAGAGAAGCGUCACCGUCCCAGACAGCCCCUCUGGCAACACUGCUCCAGCGUCGGCAAACACAGCUGAGGCUGGAAAAAGCAAAAAGCCUAAGAAGAGGAAAUGGAGAAAUCGCUUCUUUGGCCAGCUUGAGAAGAAGAAAACUGAGGAGAAGCCGUCUGCCCAACAGGAGAAAGAUGACGCCACCGCAAACGCCCAAACUGCGACACCGGUCAAGUCGACCAAGAAGACUCCUUGGUGCUGGCGGCCAUUUAAAUGCUUCAGGAGAAGAUGUUCGGUCAUGCCAGCUGCCGACACCGACGGAGAGAAGGAGAACCCUCAAAGGAAACAGUCAUUGAAUGCUGCUGGCAAUGACUGUCAGGAACAAAGACACAGCAGCUCUGCAAAUGUCACAAAGACAGACGAGCAGGACGAGCAGGGACACUCCCGCUAUUUUUCACAACAGGACCAGGUGAUGUUGUUGAACGACACCGGCGAGGUCGACCCAGACCUGGAGUGGUCCUUUGAAGUGGACGACAACGCGUUGCCGUCGGAUUACACCGGUUAUCCUGCCAUCAUGGAGCAGGUGUUCCUGGAGGCCCUGUUCAAGAGAGUAUUUAACAGCACCGAAAGAAUUUCUUUGACCGGCUUCAAUGGUUUUAAGGAGCCCACCGUCAACCGCUUCGGAUUUCCAAACAUCGGGCAGAGCUGCUACAUGAACUCCAGCCUGCAGGGCCUCCUGACGCUGGAGGACUUUGUGAGGAGUAUCAGCUGUCAGGAGCGGGUCUGGAGUUCAGUCCCCGAGGCUCAACUGCUGAGACGACUGAUGGAUAUCAGGGACACUCACUCCUCGACAGACCCAAAACAUAAAAGCCACUGCCUGCGCUCAUUUAAGGAGGCAGUCACUGUCCAUGCUCCCGAGUUCAGGGACUCUCUGCAGAAAGACGCUCAUGAGUUCCUGAUCUCGGUUGUGGACCAGAUCAGGAGUCUGUCCCCUCUACUGAGCAAGAGUGCAGAACGCUUGGGCAGAAGAUACACCUGCCCUGUAGAGGAUCACCUGCUGUUCAGGAUGGAGAACACCAGGAGGUGCAAGAAGUGUGGAGCCCAGUCAAUGAGACAGGAAGAGUUUACGAACCUGUCUCUGGACCUGGUUCCUGGAGGGUCAGUGGAAGAGAUGCUUCAGGAGUACCUGAUGGAGACGGAGUUGGAGUUCAGGUGUGAGUGCGGAGGCCGGACGUCGGGCCAGAGAUCAGCCUUCGCAACUCUGCCAAGAGUGCUCAUCCUGCACCUGAAGCGUUUCCGCCUCACGUCUUCCUUUGACCUUGAGAAGAUCCAAGACGCUGUGAGGCUGCAGAGGGACAUAGUGGUGUCCUCCCUACAGGGCGGCCGCUGCUACAGCCUGAUUAGCGCCAUCAGCCAUUUUGGCCUCAAAGGAGAAGCAGGACACUACAUCUGCGACGGUCUUCACCCCAACAACUGUCCAGACGAGCCGACCGACAGCUGGUUCACGUACAACGACUCGGUGGUCUUUGAGACGACCGGCUCGUCCGUUUGUCAGCAGCGGCAAAAUUCAGCCUACGUCCUGUUCUACAAGAGACAUGACUAGAACAGGUUGAAGACGGGGGACACUACUUACCGAAUAUGAAUCAGAUGACCAGAAGACCCAAACCAAAGACCAGACAACAGGGGCAGGGACUUGAAUAAGAGAAAAG